UUGCACAUUGCGGCCUGCAGCAGCCUGGGAGGCGGGUACCUGUGUCAUCCCGCUUACACAGCACUUUCCUCGGAGAGACCAGGAAGCUACCGGCCGCUCAGGGAUCAUCUGGCUGCGAUGGCCACGUUUUUCGGGGAGGUGUUAUCGGUUUUCUCCCGGGCAGUAGAAGACGACGAAGAAGAAGAGGAGGAGGAGGAAGAAGAGGAGGAUAGAGAGAUCAGGAGGGAGUUAGAAAAGAAAAGAGAGGUCCACGUCUCCUGGAAUCCCCCCAUCGCUGCUGCUCUAGAAGAAUCCCCCGACAAGAAGCUUCCUUGCUGUCAUUUUAUACUGGCCACUGGAUCCAACGCUGCAGGUUUCGUGGCUUCCUAUAUCUUGAGUUCUGGGCGUUGGGAGGUUUGUGGCUCCGUCAGAAUAUGGAACGAGAGAUGCAGAGAUUCCAGAAAUGAUGGUCUUCCCUCUCAGUCAUCCUGCACCUUCUAUCGGUCGAGCGCAGGCGAGACGAUGCUUUGCCAGUGUAGCUGCCACGUUGCAGAAGACCAGCUGUUCCAAUGGUGCGAGGAGGUGUUUAAAGGUCUACAGAAGAACAAUUUGAAAGUCACUGUGCUCUCCACCUGCCCGGUGUCUGACUACAAAACGACCGAGUCCACGUACAACCUGCCCGUUCCCUUCCUGAAAGCUUUAAAGACAAACCGCUACCAGGAGACCAUACCGUGUUCUAUGAUGGAGCAGCCCAAUAUCGUGGAUGGUCUACCUGCUGCAGUGUUGACGUACUGUCAGGUUUGGGAGAUACCGGCUGUGCUUUACCAGUGCUACACGGACAUCAUUAAGCUGGAUACGGUCACCAUUGAAGCUUUCUGUCCUCUGCUGUCCGGUCCCAACAUGAGUCGCCUGGCAGCGGAUCCUGCAAAGAGUAAAGAAGCGUUGAAGAAAAUCGUAAAAGACCUUGAAGUUCAGAGCAACCUCUACAUAUAGUCCGGGGCGCGAUGUGACUGGGAUGCAUAUAUUUUGUAUACCGUGCUGUUUACUGUAAAGGAUAAUAAAUGAUUUUUUUUUGUAGGCUGUUUGA